AUGAACCUCUAUAACUGCACUCCCCCGUAUAGCAGCCACCAGCCACAUGUGGCUACUGGGCGCUUGAAAUGUGACCAGUACAAACUGAGAUGUGCUCCAAGUGUAAAAUACACACUAAAUACUGAAGACUUAGUAGGAAUAAAAGAAUAUCGGUUGAGGAAAGCCGGGCCUCAGGUCAGCGGUGGUGUCUGGGCUGCCUUCCUUCCCAGCUCUUCUCAGAACCCUACAAAGCAGGAAGCUGCCCCGGACGUUCUCCUGGAGCAACUGCCAACCUCCCCGCGGGACGUUUGCCUCCGGCCCAAGGAGAAACGUUCCCCCUGGAGGCUGAGGUUGCGGGCGGCCCUGGUGGCCAACAGGUCCCCGACCUCCAGGCCCGGCAGGCUUGUUUCUAGCUGCGUCCAGCCCCCGCCCCGGCUCAGCGCGAUGCAGCGGGGCCUGGUGCAGGUGCAGCCGGAGGUGGUGCAGGCCCCGGGGCAGCUGCAGUCACAGGCCGAGCAAGCCGCGCCCUCCGAGAGCACCGGGCCUCUGGCGGUCGAGGCCGAGAAGGCCGGAACCAGGCGCCCGCACCUCAGGAUCUUCCCGGUUAGCCUCCUGAAGCUCGGCGCUUUCAGCCAACAGGGAGGCGGCCAGGCCAGGGCCACGCAGCACGGCUCCAAGACGGAAGUCGGACACCGGAAAGGGAGUGUGGAGGGGCCCUGCGGCUGGGGCUGUCUGGUUUUCCCCUGGUGUCAGCGUUUUAACAACGUCCGUUGCUUCCUGAUUUUCUUCUGCAUUCUGGUCACGGCUCAAUGUGUUGUGUUUGGUCUUGUAGAUCUGAGCACCGAGAGCUUUAAGCAGGAAAAUUACUUGAACAUCGUUGAGAACGUAUUCUUGUCAUUGACUUACGAUAUUUCAUCCUGCCUGGUGGUAGUGUUUAUUGCAUACUAUGGAGGGAAAGGAAACAUACCAAGGUGGAUUACAGUCUCCUCCUUUUUAGUAGGGUCUGCAUCACUCUUAUUUGCUUUUCCAUACUUUCGUGUUGAAGAUUCUCAAAGGAAUGUAGAAAUUGAAGAUAUUUGCCAAGCAGUGAAGACUGUCAAGCCUUGCUCGAAAGCUCCAUUAUCAUUCCGAUCAAACUACAUGACUUUCUUCAUCCUUGGGCAGAGUGUGCAGGGAAUAGCAGCCAUACCUCUUUAUGUCCUUGGAGUAACCUUUAUUUAUGACAGCGUCGCCACACACUCAGCUGGUAUUUAUCUAGGCAUUGUGGAAGCUGUAGGAAUACUCGGAUAUUCUUUGGGUUAUACUAUAGGAGCACCCCUAAUUAAGGUCUUUGUGGUAUCUGUGAAUAGUACUUCUGAGAAAAGUGUUGGAGACAGUGGUGAUAAAGAACGUUGGCGGCAGACUUGGUGGAGUUAUUUUGUUAUUAUUGCAGUUAUUGCAUGGUCUACAUUAAUACCAUUUUCAUGCUUUCCACAGAGUUUACGAGCACCUCUGAUGGGAGAGCUGGAUCUGAAAUGUGCAAGGGUCAUGUAUUCCCCCAGGGUACACCAGCCAGCUAUCACCUUGGUGGGAGGUGGGGCUGGAGACAGCGUGGAUAGAGCCAGUCAGACUCUGAUCAAGAAUCCAAUAUUUGUGUGCCUAUCUCUGUCCAGAGCUUCAGAAUCUUUAGUUAUGAUGGGAGCAUCUGAAUUUUUGCCUAUAUAUAUAGAAAAUCAGUUUAUAUUAACACCCAGUGAGGCAACUACACUUGCAGGACUUGUUUUACUUCCAGGAGGUGCACUUGGCCAGAUUCUGGGAGGUAUCAUUAUUUCCAAGUUACACAUAUCUUCUAAAGGCCUUAUGAAAUUUGUAAUAAUUACAUCUGCUAUAUCCCUUGUACUGCUUGCAUUUGUAGUUUUUGUAUACUGUGAUCCAAUACCAUUUGCUGGGAUCACUGAAGAUUAUGGUGGAGCAGGGCAGUUGGGAAACCUGACAGCUCCUUGCAAUUCUCAUUGUAAAUGCUCAUCUGCAUUUUAUUCUGCUACAUGUGGAAGAAAUGAUAUUGCAUAUUUUUCUCCUUGCUUUGCAGGUUGUACACAGUCUAAAUCAUUCAAGGCUAGCAAGACAUACUACAAUUGUUCUUGCAUUAAAGAAGGAUUAACAACCGCAGAUGAUCAAGGUGAUUUUAUUGAUGCUACAAGUGGGACAUGUGAUUCAAAGUGUUAUAAAUUACCUUUGUUCGUUGCUUUUAUCUUUUCUACAAUUGUAUUUUCUGCUUUUGCUGAUGUACCAGGCAUCCUGACCAUCCUUCGGAUUAUGUCUGACAAACAGCGUCAUCUGGCCAUGGGUAUGACCUUUGUGAUUUUGAGAAUAUGUGGGACUAUACCUGGACCAAUAAUUUUUAAAAUAAUAAGAGAAACUUCUUGCAUCUUUCGGGAUACUGAGCGCUGUGGAAGCACUGGAAAUUGUUGGAUCUAUUACAAGACAAAAAUGGCCUACCUAUUGGUAGGAGUAUGUAAGUGA